CACCUAUCUCCUCGCGCGCCCACUACACGUUACUGGUUACACGCGCCUAUCCAUCGCCACCACCACUUCUCUCCCCACAACUUCCCAAGCAAGAAGCGAAACCAACCAAGGCAAGAAGCGAUCGUUCCGGGCCGCGGCGGGGGUCUUUUCCAUGGCGUCCUACGGCGACCGGCGUGCGGAGUCGUCCGUCCUGGAGGCGUUCAGCCUGUCGCCGCUCCCCUGGCCGGUGAUCCUGAUCCUGCUCAUGGUGACGCUCCUGCUGAGCGUCUCCUGGUUCUUCAACUACGAGGACUUCAUCGAGGAGGCCUCGGAGCAGUUCAGCUGGCUGCUGCUGGCCGUGCCCAUCGCGCUCGUCCUGCUCAUCCGCUGGAUCUCCUCCGUCGACUCCUUCGAGGGAUACCUCGGCUUCUACCCCAGCGAGCGCCGGUGGGGAGGGUACGAGAGCGCCCCCGCCGAGGGCAGCUCCCCCUGGGGAGUUGCCAUGCUCGUCGUGCUCCUGCUCGUGCUCGCCAGCUUCCACUCCACCUUCCAGGACAUGUGGAAGCCCUGAAUCGUGCUACGUGAUUCGGUCUGCACGCCUGUGCUCGGUUUCAUGCCUAUCUUGCUUGAUCGGUUAUUCUCUCAUGCAUGUUUGUGCCUUUCUACUGGUUGAUCGGUUCAUGUACAUAUAUAAUUAGGGAUUCCGCAACUGGCGACUAUAGAGUUUGAGGGUGUUUUAGUAUGCAGCUGCCUGUAUCACUGGUUUUGGCUUUGUUAAUCAAUUUCUGUCUCGGUUUCUGA